AUGGCAACUAGGACACAAUUCGAAAACUCAAAUGAAAUAGGCGUAUUUACCAAGCUGACAAAUGCUUAUUGCCUAGUUGCUGACAAUGGCCCUGACAACUUCUACAGCGUUUUUGAAAGCGAGCUUUAUAAUCAUAUCCCAGUAAUCCGUACCUCGAUUGCUGGGACAAGGAUAAUUGGCAGAAUCACAUGUGGAAAUUCAAAUGGUCUUUUAGUGCCAAAUAUAAUUAGUGACAAGGAACUACAAGCAUUAAAAGAUUCCCUACCUGAAAAGGUAAAAAUCAAGAAAAUUGAAGACAGGUUAUCUGCAUUGGGGAAUGUUAUAGCGUGCAAUGACUAUGUAGCUUUAAUUCAUCCAGAUUUAGAUAAAGAAACUGAAGAAGUUAUAGAAAAUACAUUAGAAGUCGAAGUAUUUCGAACCAUGGUGGCUGGAAACGUACUAUCAGGCAGCUAUUGUGUUUUGACAAAUUUAGGUGGAUUAGUACAUCCUUUAGUUAAAAUUGAGGAAUUGGACGAGUUAAGCGCACUUUUGCAAGUGCCACUGUGCGCAGGGACUAUUAACAGAGGAAGUGAUGUUAUUGCUGCAGGACUGGUCGUAAAUGACUGGUGCGCUUUUUGUGGGGUUGACACAACCUCAACUGAAAUUUCAGUGAUUGAAAAUAUUUUUAGACUUAAUGAAGCAAAGGGUGGGAAUGGAGGAAGUGGGCUGAGAUUUGAUUUGAUGGAUACAUAUUAA